UUCUAUUAAGGUUCGUUAAAGAGAUGAUCGCCACACAAAAGCUUAUUCCAGGAACUCUUCGUUUCCGUCUAGAACACAUCGAAUUUAUUCUGAGCGACAAGCAGUCCUCGUAGACUUCAUGUGAAGGAUAUAUUACGACAAUUUUUUUUUCUUUAUCUGCUGUCUUUUUAAUCAGAAUGAUGGUAUGGAGCGUGGUGGAGACGACGAAGAAGAUCUGUUGGCUUUGAAAAUAAGGAACAUACAAUAUGAAAGAGAAGAUGUACAAAAGAAAACCUUUACUAAAUGGAUAAAUUCUCAAUUGGGGAAGGGAAAUCAUCCUAUAGUAAAGGAUUUAUUUUAUGAUUUGAGGGAUGGAACUCGUCUUUUAGGCCUCCUCGAAGUACUAUGUGGAAAAGAGUUGAGGAGGGAAAAAGGACGAUUGCGGGUCCAUCAUCUGAAUAAUGUCGGUUGUGCCUUAAGAGUUUUAAAAGAAAAUAACGUAAAAUUGGUGAAUAUAAGCACAAAUGAUAUAGUUGAUGGCAAUCCUAAACUGACCUUGGGCUUAGUAUGGAGUAUAAUUUUGCAUUGGCAGGUGCAUGGUGUUCUGAGAAAUGCUUCAGAAGAUAUUCCGCAAACAAAUUUAGAAAAGACUUUAUUAGCUUGGUGUCGUGAUGCCACUUCUAACUAUCCUAAUGUAAAUAUACGAAACUUUACUACAAGUUGGAAUGAUGGACUGGCUUUCAAUGCUAUCAUUCAUAAAUUUAAGCCGAAUCUGUUCGAUUUUAAUACGGUACAGCAGAUGGAAGUUAAUGCACGUCUGGAACAUGCAUUUCAAGUUGCUUAUAAACAUUUAGGAAUCGAUAAACUCCUGGAUCCUGAAGAUGUAUAUACUAGUCUCCCUGAUAAGAAAUCUGUGAUGAUGUAUGUGAUGUGUUUUUUUCAAGCGUUACAUACAUCAAUGCCGUUGCGAAAGCUUGAUUCAUUUGACCUAUCUGAUGAGAGCAACGAUGUAAAUAAUAUGAAUGCUAGCAGUGAUAUUGCAGCUUAUCAGUCUUCCUUAGAGGAUGUUCUUGCAUGUUUGUUAGAGGAUGAAGAGAAAUUAAAAGAAAAUUCUAUUGCUGAUAGCCUUGAAAAAAUUAAAGAGCAGUUUCAUGAACACGAAUCUUUCAUGGUGGAUCUUUCUAAGCACCAGCAGGGUGUUGAAAAAGUUUUAUUUUCUGGCAAUAACUUAAUUACUCAGGGAAAGUUAGCUACCGUUGAGCAUGAAGAAAUUGUACUUCAGAUGCAGUUGCUUAAUGACAGGUGGCAAGACAUAAGGUCUAAAGCAUUAGAUCGACAAAACAACUUGCAUGAAAGGUUUAUGCAUCUUCAAAGGAUUCAGCUUGACAACAUAACAAAGUGGUUAAAUGACAUGGAAAAUAAAAUUAAUACUUUACCUCCUCUCGGGCCUAAUUUAGAAGCUCUUUUAAAACAAGUAGAAGCUCAUAAGAAACUUGUGGAUGAAGUGGAAAGCAAAAAAGAAGCAAUGAAUAGUAUUACUAAAAUAGUUUUUGUUAUGGCUGAUGAAGAUACUAGUCAAUUAGCAUAUACUUCUUUGAAGAAACAGCUCUCAGAUAUCGAACAGAAAUGGUUAGCCAUUUGUCAAUCUGUGAAGGAUCGAAGUACACUACUCCAAACUAUUGUGCCUCAGUGGCAGCAGCUGGACGAAGAAGAAUUGUGCUUCAGUCAGUGGCUACAUAGAAAAGAAUUACAACUUACUGGAAUUACUUCAAAACCAGGAGCUGAUAGUCGUUCUUUAUUAGAACAAGUAAAGCUGCUGCAGUCAAUUGAACAAGAUUUAGACAUUCAUCUUCGUUUAUUUAAUAAGCUGACAGAUAGGGCGCAGAAAAUAAAAGAGACUCUUCCAAGUGGUUCAUUAGGUGCUAUUGAAAUUACUGAAAAAAUUGAAAGGCUUACUCAAAGAUGGGACUCACUUGUUCUAGCCCUAGAAAGCUUGAGCAAACAGCUUUCCAUCAUUGAAGAAGAAAAGUCUGCUGCUGCAGCUGAGAAACAAAAUAAUUUAAUACAUUCUCCUCCAUCUAACUCAAGCUCUGAAGACAGUGAUCAAGGCGGACCAAAAAAGAGACGUCUUGAUACCUGGCGAAUGCAAGAGUGGUAUGACAAUUACGAAUCAGUUGGCUUGUGGUUAGAUAGGGCAGAAUCAACAAUGGGAAUAGCUGCUUAUGAAAGCUCAGGAAAUGAUAUUUCUCCUUGGGACACUCUUUCUUUAGAUGACCAACAGAUAUUAAUUGAGGAAACUGAAUCCGAUUUCCGUAUGCAAAAGAUGAAAGUAGAAAAGCUUUUAUCACAAGGACAUCAAAUUAUGAAAAAUCUUGAAUCAAUUGGUGAGAAUCCAAAGAAAAUUAAAAAGAUCAUGUAUGAAGUUGAGUGUAGGUGGAAAAAACUCGUUACAUCAGUUGAAAAUCAAAAACACUCAGUUCAACUCCAAGUUGACAUUGAUCGACUAAGGUGUGAAAAAGAUGCUUUAGAACUGAUUCUGAACUCCCACUGUCGUUGGAUGGAAACAACUCAGCGCUCGUUAGCCGAUAAAAAACCAGAUGAAAGUCGCAGAAUGGCUGAACAGUGCAGAUUGAGACUUACAUCUCUGCAAGCUCAAGAGGAAAAAAUUGAAAGAUUAAAAAAAGAAACCGAUGAAGCUAAGAAGAAAUUUCCUUCGCUUAUGUCAUUUGCCUUGGAAGUCGAACAAUUUUGCAAGGAAUGGAAUAUUAUGUCAAGAAGAUUAUCUGAAAUGGAAAGAAGUCUAAAUCAUACUAUGUUACAAGCACCUCCUGCCACAUUCAUGGAAGCUGUUAAAUCACUGGACACAUGGGUUGUUGACGUUUAUCAAGCGUUAAUAUCAGAACAGAUAUUUUUGGGAAGUAUUGAUGAAAUGGAAGACCAGCUUAAAAAAUUGCAGGAGCUUCAGAAUACUAUUGAUGAGGAAAAGCCCAAUUUAGAUUAUGUAAGGAAUACUAAUCAACAAUUACAGAAGAGCGAUUCUUCUGGUCCUUGGAUGAGUGACUUGAGUCAAAAAUUACAACACUUGGAGACCACCUGGGCUGAAGUUUGUAAAUUGAUCCGUGUAAUGAUAGAGCAAUUACAGAAAUAUAUUACUGAUUUGCGACAGAUUCAGAAUGAAAUAUCGAACUUAAUGGAUUGGAUGCAAGAUGUUGAUAAGUUUCUGAGUGCUGAAGAAGUUGCAGAAGGAGAUUUAAACGUUAUCGAAGCACAGCUGGAACAGAGUAAUGCACUUCAAGAUGAUAUUACAGUACUUAGACCAAAUGUUGAACGUAUAGAGAAAGAAGGAGCCAAACUUGCUGAAUGUGCAGGUGAAACUCCUUUUGCUUCAAACAUCAAGAAGGAAAUUGCUACUAUGAAAUCAAGGUGGGAGGAGGUGAUUGAGAGAGUGAACGUUAAAAAUCAAAAUUUAAGAGAUGCCAUGCAAGGAAGUCAGCAUUUAAGUGAAGUGAUAUCUGAAAUGAGUGCAUGGUUACAAAAAUUUGAGUCUGAAAUUCCUGAAAACGCUUCCAUUUCAAACUCAUCUGAAUUAUUGUCAAAAAGCAAAAAGUUUCAGAUACUUCAAAAUAAAAUUGAAAGACAACAAAAUGAAAUUGACAAUCUAUCCUCAACUUUCAAAAAUAUUUCCAACUCGUCUCAGAAGAGCUCUCUUGAAAAGUUACUGCCUCAAUUUUCUGAGCUGCAGUCUAAAUGGGAAGAAGUUUCAACUAGGGUAAAAAAUUCAUCACAGAAGUACAAGGACAUGUCUGCUAAAUACAAUGAAUUUUGCAAUUUGGUAAUGAGAGAGAAUGAUUGGCUUGAUAGACUGGAAAAGAAAUUGAAGAGGUCACCAGAUUCUGCAGCCGAUGCAGAAGAAAUAUCUGAAAAUUUAGAUGACUUAGAAAAUUAUUUAAGACAUCAUCCAUCAGAAAGAGUACCGAAAAUUCAGAAGCUUGGACGAUUUCUCAUGGACAAUAAUGCAAUGAAUGCUCAAGUGGAAAAGGAUGUCAAUUUUGUUUCCAAAAGAUUUGAAGAUCUUAGUGGACAGGGACGGGAUAGACAACAGCUGUUGGAGAACAGCAUUGCUGAAGCCACCCGAUGUGAGCGUCAUAUUCUGACAGUUCAAGCUUGGAUUUCUCAUAUUGAUACAGUCUUACAACACAGAUUGGAUAAUGAUAUUUCAUCACAAGAUGUUCCUGAUGAAUUGACUCAACUGGAAACAGAGUUUUCUGAAAAAGAACAGAGCAUAACAGCUUUAGAGGAGGAUGUCCAACACUAUCGAUCUCAAGGCAGGAUGGAAGCCGCUCAUCGUCUAGAAGAGCAGCUUCAUCUAGUACAGCAAAAAUUUGCGGAGUUGAAAGAAAAGUUCACCAAAUUUCAAACUCCUUGUAAUUUUGAAUCUAAAUUGAAUAAUAUCGGAAGCAUGCUGAAUGAGGUUGAAGGUGGAUUGACAUCAAUUCAGCUGUCCAGUGAUGAUUCAGAUUCUUCUGAAAGUCAGCUGGAGAAAUGUUUGCAUUUAUACAAAGUUUUGAGCGAUUUGAAGCCUGAAUUGGAGUUGUGCAUACGACAGGGAAGGCAGAUAGCUGAUACAAAACAAUCUGAUCUUAAAGAACGUUUAACUUUCUACAAGAAUCAGUACAACAUUCUUGGUUCUAAGGUGACUGAAAUUAGAUCCUCACUGGAAGAUUCAGUUAAGAAAGAAAAUAACUUAGAAGCUCAAAUAUUUCAUUUUCAAGAAUGGCUUCAUACUGCUCGUAUGGAUGCUGAUAAAACUGCCCCAGAAAAGGCAAAGAACGUCAGUGAAUUACAAAUUCAGCUUUGCACUGAUAUUUUGUCUGAGGUUCGGAAUAAAAAGAAUUUAUUAGACAGUCUGCUUGAAACUGCCAAAACUUCUGACGAAAGUUCUGUGGAAAGCAUUGUCGAACUUCAAAAUCAGUUUACUUCAUUUGAGCAAAAAUUGAUGAAACGAAUAGAAAAUCUAAAGCUGGAUGCUUCUAAAGAACAUUCCAAAGACUUUUUUCAGUCAUUAACUGAAGUGAGGAACUGGUUGCAAACAGCUGAAAAAUUUCUUGUCAAGUUUGAGAAGCUCUCAACUGCACAAAAACAUUCUCAGUUACCCAGACUUGAGCAUCUUCAAGAAGAAUUGAAAAGUGUAGAGCAGAAGAAAAAUGAGUUAAUCAAAUCUAGUAAUCAGAUGGGAAAAUUGAAGGAGAAAUAUUCCAUUAAGUCUGACAUAGUUGAAGUUGAAGAAAAAUUUGAAGUUCUAUCUAGUAAAAUUCAGAGUCUAGUUUCAAAUCAGGAAAUUGAUGUUAAGCGAGUCACUAUAGAGCAACUUAGAGCUUCACCUGUUCAAUUGCCUAUAUCAGAACCAGGUUCACCAAAACCUGAUGAAAUCAGCUUGAAUAUUAGGCAACUACACUCCAGUCUAGUUGAGCUAGAGAAAGCUGUUUCAACUUCUAAAAUCGAAAACUUCGAUUCUAUUCAUGAUUUGGAAAACCAACUUAAGGAUUUCAACGAAAAAGCACUCACAGUUGAAGAUAACAUGCAAAAACUAGCAGGUGAUUGGCAGGUUUACGAAAGUAGAGACAGUGCAGGUGCUGAAAAAUUAAGUCACCGAAUGAAAGAGCUUGAAGACAUGGGCUUGAAUAUAAGAGAAAAAGCAGAAAAACAUCAUUUCACAUUAAAUGAAAAAAUAAGCAAAUGGUCAAAUCUUGAAGAACUGAAUAGCAGAAUUUAUGAUCAAUCACAGCAACUUUUGCUAAAUUUGCAAAAUGGAAAUAAAAUACCAGUCUCAAAGCAGAAGACUUUGGAUGAAGAAGCCAAGGGAUUGCAGAGGGAGUUUGAAUGCUUACAGCAAGAAGCUGUUGAAAUUGGAGCUUCCAAAUCACUUCUUCAAAAAUUCUUAAAGGAAACAACUACCAAUUUAGCUGAAAUCAGUAUGCGUAUAGAUGAAAUGGAAUCUUUAAAAGAACCUGUUUCAAAGACUGUUGUUACACAAACGGAUAAAGAUCAAGUUAUUGUUUUGGAUACUUCUAAUCCAGUGAUUGUUCCCGAUUUUAUAGCUAAAGUAAAUAAAAUUAGAGAAGCUGUUGCUGCAGUGAAUAGGCAAUUAAUGCAGCCUGAAUUGUCUGGAAAAGAUUUUGAAGAUUUUGGACGACAAGAAAAUUCUUUGAAAUGUGUCAAAGACAGCACAAAUGCAUUAAAACCAAAUGUUGAUGUUAUUUGGGCUGAAAAGGAAAACAUCAUAAAGAAAGCAGCUAAAAGCGAGGUGGCUCAAAUUGACCGAGUAUCUGAAAAGCUGAACGAAGAGUGGAACAAAUUAAAUAAAGCUUAUGAUGAAAGAUACAAGAGGUGGCAAAAAUCAAGAGAUGUAUGGCAGCAUUUUGAGAGUGAUCUCAGAAAUAUGACAUCGUGGCUUAUGAGUUCUGAUGCAAUAUUAGCCCACAGUAGACUACAAAAUGGGAACUUGGAUUAUGAAAGAGCAAAAAGUCAUCAAGAGAUGCUCCAGAAACAAGUGAGUGAGAAAAUGGCCAUUAUGGAGACCAUUAAUGUAACAGGUAAAAGAGUGCUUAAUGAAUGUUCUACUCCUGAUGCUAUACUACUACAAGAACAAUUAGACUCUAUUAAUAAACGUUGGAAAGAUUUAGUUGCUGAACUAGCUGCAAGGAAAUCAAAAUUAGAUGAAGAUCAAGACGCAUUAGUUGUAGCAAAAAGUGAGAUGCAGGAUCUAACAUCAUGGCUUAAAGAAACAGAAAAUCUUCUGUGCAGAACGCCAAAAACUACCGAUCUGUCAACUGCCAUAUCAUUAUUGGAAAAACUGAAGGAACAUGAAGAUGAUAUUCCUUCCCGUAGAAGUAGUCUUUUAACUGUCCUAUUAGCGGGAUCUAUGAUUAAAAUUGAAGAAGUAGAGCCUUUAGAGCAGCGUUAUGCAAAAAUCACAAGUAUACUGCCUGAUAGACGUCAAAAUUUAGAGUUAUAUGUUCGUGAUCUGUCUUCCUUUCAAGAAAAAGUUAAAGUAGAGAAUGAAUGGUUACAGGAAACAAAGAAAGAUUUAGAAGGUCGCCUUGCUCUGUACAGUGCUGGCAGGAAAGUAGAUGAAAACAACUUAUUACCCAAAGAAGAUGUAACUAGCCAUCACACCGCAAUAUCGAAGCUUGUGCAGCAGCAAAAUGAUCUUGAAAACGAAGCCCAGAAAGCAUCCUUAAUUCUCCCACCAUCUGUUAAAAGGAGUGCUAAUAAUUUGUUUUCUGAAUGGUACACAAUCUCUCAGCUAUUGAAGAAAUUGCGUCCUUACGAAAGAUGCCCAUCUCCUAUGCCAUUGGACACAUUUUCUUCUAGAAUCUCAGAUAUAUCAGCCCAGGAAGCUCGAAGAUCUAGAAUCACAUUUGGCGGUACUCUUCCAACAACUGGCCCUGGAAAAUUAUGGGCUGAUCAGCUUUGUGAGUUGCAGGAUUGGUUAGAAGAACAAGAUUAUAAUUUGCAACUUCAGGUUGUUGAUGUUACAGACCAAAAUGCCAUCGUUGGUGUUAUUGAGAAAGUUCAGAAAUUCUUAAAUGAACAAGAGCAAAAGAAUGUGCAAUUAAAGAAACUAUUAGCAGCGGUGUCUCAUUUAAGACAGAAAAAAGAUUACAACAAAGAAUUAGAGGCCAGAGCACUGCAUCUCCACUCCGAGUGGGAGGAGGUGAGGGAGGGGGCAAUGCAAAGAAAGCGACAGCUGGAAGGGAUGCUGGCCGACGGACGCAGCUUUGACGAACGAAGGAGGGAUGUGGAGUCCUGGCUCUCCAGGCUGCAAGCCCGACUCGAGCGCAUGCCCCCCGUUGGUCAAACUUUAGACAUUCUUGAAAAUCAAUUGAAGGAACAGAAGGCUUUGCAAGCUGAAGUAGGCCAAUGGAAAGGAGCUGUUGAAGGUGUAACAAGAACAGCGCAUAAAAUUGCUGCUGAUUGUCCACAUGAUGAUGCUAACAGACUUAGAGCAAUUGCUGAUAGGAUUAAUCAACGAUACACUGAACUUGCUAUCAGUGUGCAGUCCCGGGGAAAAGCUCUGCUAAAUGCCCUCAACUCUUUGCAGCAGUUAGACAAGGCUCUGGAUAGGUUCCUUGCUUGGCUUUCAGAGACAGAGUCUGCUCUCGAACUGCUGGAAGCAGAAGAGGAGAAGUAUGGGCCCAGGGAUGACUUUCAUAGGUCUCAUGGCUGUCACGAUCAAAUAAGAGAUUUGCAAAGAGAAAUCGAAUCUCAAAGGGACCUUCAUCAGACGUUGAGUGAAAGGAGUACUCAUUUGUUGCAAAGUCUUGAAAGUCAAGAUGAUGCAUUGCUUUUAGGACGUAAACUCCAGGAGAUGAACCAUCGAUGGAAUGCUCUGAGGUUAAAAACAGUAUCUCUUCGGAAUCGUCUUGAAAGCAGUGCUGAUCAGUGGAAUCAGCUUUUGCUAUCCCUUCGAGAACUUACAGAGUGGGUUAUUAAAAAAGAAACUGAAUUAUCUGCUCAACCAGCUAUUGGAGGUGAUGUUGGUUGCAUUGUCAAGCAGCAAGAUGAACAUAGAGCUUUCCGAAGACAGCUUGAUGAUAAGAGGCCUGUUGUUGAAAGUAGUCUUUUAGCAGGAAGACAUUACGUUGCUAAAGAACCACCACUUUCUGAUACUAGUGACUCUGAAGCUAAGGAAUUUGAAUGUGAUAGUCGAGGUUAUCGUAGUGCAGAAGAACAAGCUAGAGAAAUAACUAGGAGUAUUAGGAGAGAAGUUAAAAAGUUAUCAGAUAAAUGGAAUGGCCUUUUGUCUAGAACAGAGCAGCGUCAAAAGCGAUUAGAUGAUGUUCUUGUGAAAAUGCAAACUUUACAAAGAGCUAUGGAUGAUUUAAACACAAGGCUACAUUCUGCUGAAAAUGCUAAGUCAAAAUGGCCUCCAGUUUCAGAAUUUGUGCUCGAUCAACUUCCCGAACAAGUUGAUGAAUUAAAAGCAUUUAAAGAUAGAACGGCUCCCUUACAAAUGCAUGUAGACGAAGUGAAUGAGGCAGCUGCUCGAAUUACAGGAUGCAAUGUUUUGCUAUCACAUUCCAAUUUAAAUAGACUGGAAGAAUUGAAUACCCGCUGGAGACUGCUGCAAUUAGCAGUGGAUGACCGUCGCAAACAAUUGGAGCACUGUUUAAUUGAUCAAGGAUCGGCUCAGCAACAAUUCCUCAGUGCAUCAGUAAGCCAUCCUUGGGAAAGAGCUGUUGCUGGUAAUAAAGUGCCUUAUUAUGUUAAUCAUUUAACUGAAACCACUCAUUGGGACCAUCCAAAAAUGAUUGAACUAAUGGAUUCUUUAGCUGAGCUAAAUGAUAUUCGUUAUUCUGCCUAUAGAACUGCAAUGAAGCUGAGAACUGUUCAAAAGAGAGUUUGCUUGGAUAUGGUGAAUAUGAAUAAUGCUAUCAAUGCCUUUGAUCAGCAUGGACUGAGAGCACAGAAUGAUAAACUAAUUAGCGUUCCUGAAAUGAUAACUUGUCUUUCAACUAUAUAUGAAGGCAUAGCUACUGAAAAUAAUUCCUUAAUUAAUAUUCCUCUUUCAUUAGAUUUGUGUCUGAAUUGGUUGCUCAAUCUCUAUGAUACUGUUACAAGAACUGGUUAUAUUAGAAUUCUAUCUUUCAAAGUAGGCAUUAUUUUACUUAGUCGUGGAAGUUUAGAAGACAAAUUUAGAUAUUUAUUUUGUUUGAUAGCUGAUGUAAAUGGUUGUGCAGAUGAAAGAAAACUAGGGUUGUUAUUACAUGACUGUGUACAGAUACCUCGACUACUUGGAGAAAUUGCUGCCUUUGGAGGCAGUAACAUAGAACCAAGUGUUAGAAGUUGUUUUGAAAAGGCUGGAAACCAGAAAGAAAUUCAAGCUAGUCAUUUUUUGACGUGGUUACAACAAGAACCACAGUCCCUUGUUUGGCUUCCAGUUCUUCAUCGGAUGGCUGCAGCAGAAACAGCAAAGCAUCAAGCGAAAUGUAAUAUUUGCAAACAGUACCCGAUUGUAGGAUUCAGAUAUAGAUGUUUAAAGUGCUUCAACUUUGAUUUAUGUCAAGGCUGCUUUUUCUCUGGUAGAAAAGCAAAGAAUCACAAACUAACACAUCCCAUGCAAGAAUACUGUACUGCUACCACCUCUGGAGAGGAUGUGCGUGAUUUCACCAAAAUCAUGAAGAAUAAAUUCAAAUCAAAACGUUACUUCAAGAAGCAUCAAAGGCUUGGUUAUCUUCCAGUUCAGACUGUACUUGAAGGUGAUGAUCUUGAAAGUCCAGCGCCAUCGCCCCAACACACUUUAUCAUCUCAAGAAAUGCACUCUAGGCUGGAACUUUAUGCAAGCAGAUUGGCAGAAGUAGAGUUGAGAGCAAGAAGUAAUUCUACACCAGAUUCAAGUGAAGAUGAGCAUCAACUAAUAGCACAAUAUUGCCAAACACUGAGUGGUGAAAUAGCUUUACCAGUGCCUCGUAGUCCAGCUCAAAUUAUGGCAUCCAUUGACGCUGAACAAAGAGAAGAGCUAGAAGCAAUGAUUAACGAACUUGAGGAAGAAAACAGGCAUUUGCAGUCAGAGUAUGAAAGACUUAGAGGCUCUAGAGGUAGUAGAAGCGUUUCUCCUACCGUUACAGAAGAGGAGGAAGAGCAGACACCCAUGACGCCCUGCAGAGAUGAAGAAAUGUUGGCUGAAGCAAAAUUACUCAGACAGCAUAAAGGACGUCUAGAAGCUCGAAUGCAAAUAUUAGAAGAUCAUAACAGACAAUUAGAAGCACAAUUACAUCGUCUCAGGCAACUCUUAGAUGAACCUCAACCAGUACCAGUAAGAGGAAAUCCUCAAAACAAUGGGUAUGGUUCCCCUAAUCCAUCUUGGAAUCGCACAGUCAUUGUAGAACAAGCACCUAGGAGAAACGGUCAAUUAGUUGAUCAUACUGGUUCUGCACGUGUUGGAAAUUUAUUACAUAUGGCAGGCAAUCUCGGAAAAGCCGUCGGUACCCUCGUAACAGUUAUGACAGAUGACGAAGAUGCCAGUGGCUCUGACGAUGAUCUAAAACAUUGACAUAAAUGAGAAACUAUAUGUUUCAUUUCCAAAAUGACUCAAAUUGCCAAAAGGCAAUACAAUUUCAGUCUUAGAGAAACAAAAAAAAAAAAACUCAUUCCUCCCGGGAUGAGAGUUUUCAUUUUUAAAGCAUUUAUACAGAAUCAUUGAAACCCAAUUGUAUAAAAUCCAACAUAUCAUAGACCAUUGUCUGAACGGACAUCACUUCAAAACUGCCUUAGCAUCUGCACAAAGGGGUGUUUGUUCUCUUCAAAUGUGACUAUGAAGAAAAAAUUUAUUUUUUUAAAAAAUUCAAAACUACAUCUGUGUUGAAAUAGAUUUGAAGCUGGUGUGGCUCAGUGUGUGAAAGAUAGGCUUCCGAGGUAACAUAUAGAACACUUGUGCGUGUAUUAGGGAUUUGUGAUUGUGAACUUGGAGAGAUUAAGGCCUGUAUUCAUAUCAUGUAUUUUUUUGUUAUAUUCAUUUACGAGUUAUAUUUUCUAAAGAGAAUUGUAUUUAAAAUUAUCUAUAGUACUAUUUUUGUUUAUCAGAGAAAUAUUUAAAAAAGAAGUAUUACUUAAUUUUCAUAAGUAUAUGUUUAGCUUUAUAAACCAUUGCUGUGUCAUGUAUCAAAUCAUAUGAUUUUAAUGUGUUCGAGCAUACUUUUUAGUUUGACAGUCUAACAAGAAUUUAGUUGAAAGCAUUUGUUGUCUUUUUUUCCCCUCUGCUUCUGCAAGUGUAUUAAUUUUCAAAUUUUUUUGUGAUAAACAUUUUGGGGUGCUUUGUCAUUAUGCAACACAAUAUUGAUCAAAU